UUAAAUUAAUUAAAAUGGAUUGACGUCCCCAAACAAACAAACAGAAAAUUUUCAGCGGAACUACAAACCCUCGUUUCUCUCCGAUCCUCAAUUCCCUAAUUUGAUUAGAUCCCCAAAUUGCACUCCGACGCGAUUAUGGACGGCGAAAAUCUUCAUCUCAAUCAUCCAAAUCUCCGUAAUGAUGCGAGGAAGAAGAGACUGGUUGUGGAGGAGCUUUUGAAGGGGAAGGAAAUGGCGGUGGAGCUCCAAACCCUACUUCAGGCUGCACCUCAAUUAGACGCCGCAACUGCCGUCGACCUUUCGCUCCAGAUCUUCAGAUCCUUCCGAAAUACUCUCUCCGACCUCAGUUUUUGCUCCGACGACUCCACUCAGACUCAGAUCCCCGCCGUUGACUGUCGCCGGAAAACAAACAGUCCGGCGCCGGAAGAACGCUUGAAGAAUCGGAGAGGCUGUUACAAGAGGAGAAAGAGUUCAGAGUCAUGGACAGUAGAAUCUUCAACUAUAGAAGAUGGUUUUGCAUGGAGAAAAUAUGGACAAAAGGCCAUCAUCGAUUCUGAUUAUCCCAGGUGCUAUUACAGGUGUACCCACAAGAAUGAAGGGUGCAAAGCUACAAAGCAGGUUCAAAUGAUCAAGAAGAAUCCCACAUUAUUAUACCAAACUACAUACAUCACUCGCCAUUCUUGCUCCAAUUUUAGGGCUUACAAUAAUUCCAAUCUCAUUUUGUGCCCUUCCGAUGUCCCGGAGCCCGAAAAUCUCAUCAGUUUCCGGCCCACAAUUAGGGAUGAUAUCGAAAUCAUUAAUUCUACAGAAAAAAUCACAUCUGAAUCAGUUUCAGAAAAAUCGAAGAAUCAUGAUGAUCAAGAUCAAUCGAGGGCAGUAAUCUUGCCGGAGAAUGAGAAUGAUCGAGCCGGAGUUGGUUAUGGUCUGGCGUCGUCGUGUGAGUCUACUAGCUUGCAGUAUUAUGGGAUGGACGACGUCGACUGCAAUCAGUUUGAUAGUUUAUUCUGUUAUAAUGUUGAUGAUGAUCAGAUUGUGUUCUGAUGAUGAAAAGAUUAUUGUGUGCUGCUUGCAUGGAAAAUGUUUCAUUGUUGUUGUAAUAAGCUAAAAAAAAUAAAAUUAAGAUACAAAGUUACUUGAUGGAGUGAUGAAGUUGGGAUAUAUUGUUUUACCUUAAACAUUGUUGUAAUAAGUGAAAUAUUGGGACAAGGGUUUUUUUUUUUUUUUUUUUUUUUUUGAGUUUUAACGUGAUGGAGUUGGACAAAUGUAUGUACAAGAUUUACCUUGAACAUUGUUGUAAGAAGUGAAACUUUUGUUUAAGGGUUUUGAUUUAUCGAGUUUUAA